AUGAACAAGCUUACAGGAGCCAAAACCUACCAAAAUAAUUAAGGAUAAAAGUCUCGUAAAUCCUUGUAAUAAAAGCUCCCUGAAAAGGUCAGAUUAGAACAUCAUGGAUUAGUAACAGCUAGAUUAAAGGAUAAGAAAAGAAACAAGGAAGACAUAAGAAAAUAUUUAAGCGGAAACAAAUGUGAUUACAUUUGA